AAGCAAGGCAGCUAGCAGAGUCCAUGUACAUCUCAAUCCAACCACUCGCCAUGGCUCGCUCCAGCGCUGCCGUCCUACUGGUGUCCCUGGCUCUCGCCGCCGUCGUCGCCGCACUCCUGGCGGCGUCGCCGGCGGAGGCCAUCACCUGCGGCCAGGUGUCCUCCGCCCUGGGACCCUGCCUUCCAUACGUCAGCGGCAAGGCCAUGGAGGUGCCCGCCGCCUGCUGCACCGGGGUGAAGAACCUCAACAACGCCGCCAAGACCACCCCAGACCGCCGCACGGUCUGCAACUGCCUCCACUCCCUGCUGACCAGCUCCACUGCCCCCAAGGCUUCCCACAUCCUUAGCACCUGCGGCGUCAAUAUAGGCUACCCCGUCAGCCCCUCCACCGAUUGCUCAAAGAUACAGUGAGAUCGAUGGGUGCGUGGAUCAGUACGGCGUAAGUAACAGAAUAAAGAUGGGAGCGUGCAUGGUGUUCAUGCAGCAGUUCUCCGAUCCUAUCACGUAGCUUUUGUUGUACGUACGUACGUACGUAGCUAGUGAUCAUCACUGGCUACUAUACGUAUUUUGUUGCAUGCAUAUACAUAUUUAUACACGUAUAUAUUAUAUUUAA